AUGUAUGAGGUUCAAGUGGUGGAGCUAUUGUUUCUCUUUUCUGUUUUUGACACUCUAACAUUGCAUAUCUUAGUGGCCCUUCAACUUAGUUGCAUUUCUGCUUUUGAGCAUUUGAUGACAUUGUUCUUAAUUCUUUGUGCAGGCAUGCGCUUAGACUCUGAUCUAGUGAUGUUAAGCUUGAAGGAAAUUGGAAAACUCAAGCUGAUGAAGGCUGCCUCCAAGAGAAGAGGAAAAAUACUUGGUGUGCAAGCAAUCUCUCACGAGAGACUCUUACUUUUGUUUGCAUUUUGCAAGAGGUGUGUAGAUGUGACUGGAGCUUACAGUGCUCUAAAGACGGAGCUUAACAUAAGCUUGACAGCAAUAGGCCUUUUGUGGACUACAACUGGCUUUAUUGCAAAGAGGAUUACACAUGGACCUGUGGAAGAAAGGGAAACAAGAAAGGGAAACAGGUAUAUGACGAGUGCACAACAAAUGGACUCACAACAAAGACAAGUGCACAAAGGAUGAUGAAUUGAAGGAUGGAGCAAGUUUCGUGCAUGGUUUACUUUUGUGUAUCUUGUAAUUUUUUGUUUUUCAUUUUUGAAGUAAAAAAUGUUCAAGAUUAUAAUACUUUAUUAUGUUAU